AUGUACACUUUACAAUCGGUGGCCAAGGUUCUUACUACUGCUGUGACAGCUUUUGCUGCUCUGGCGCAGGCCAAACCUGCUUUUGGAUCUGGUGAGAUUCUUGUUAUUGGCGACAACGCCACGGAGCCCCCACAAUAUUCGGAAUAUUUCAACGCUUUACGAAAUCACAGCUCAAUUACGCUUAAAUUUGCUUCUAUUAGAGAUAAAAGUCUUGAUUUAAUAAGCGAUGAUGGCGUUGAAUAUGAAAAUGUCAUUAUUUUGCCUGUAUCUUCCAAAGCUCUUGGACCUAAGCUGAAGGCUAGUAAUCUUGUUCAAUACUACAAUGCUGGUGGUAAUAUUUUGGCCUUUACUUCCGAAAACAGCUCACCCGAGUCUCUUUUUGAAUUUUUUAAGGAGCUGGACAUUAACAUUUCGCCCAAAGACUACAAGGCUGUGGACCACUUUUCAUAUUCCAAAAGCAAGUCUUCUUACAAGCAUGACACUUUGGAACUUAGCGCUGCUUCAGACUUUGUUGCCGAUCGCAUUGUCAAAGCACCUGCAUCUAAGCCCCUUAUUUACAGAGGUUCCGGUGCUUACCUCGGAAAUAACCCUAACACCAUUCCUAUUCUUCGUGGCUCAUCCACAAGCUACGUUUACGAUUCCUCGGAUGAUUCUCUUGCACUGACGAGUCCAUGGGUUAGUGGCACUCAGUCUACUUUUGCAGCUGCUUUCCAGGGUCUCAACAAUGCUCGUGCUGUUUGGAUUGGCAGUGAUGAGACUUUGCUCGACAACAAGUACUUGCAAGAUAAGAACUUGUAUAAUGCCGAAUUCAUUGACGAGGUGAGCAAGUGGGUUUUCCAAGAAAAGAGUGUCAUCCGCAACACUUUUGUUGCCCAUGAACCUGCUGACAAUAACACUGCCAAGGCCACCUCGUACACGAGCGGGUUCUCACUGUACAAGGUUAACGAGGACGUUCGCUAUACAGCUGGUGUCCAGGAAUGGGUCAAUGACAAGUGGGUUCCUUACGUUGCUGAUGACAUCCAAGUUGAAUUUGUUAUGCUCGAUCCUUACUACCGCAUUAACUUGGGAAAACCCACAGCUGAGACUCCUGAGCAAGGAGCCAUCUACACCGUCACAUUUAAGGUCCCUGACCAAUACGGAAUUUUCACAUUCAAGCUGGAUUAUAAAAGACCUGGUCUUUCUUACCUGGAGAAGCGUAAUACUGUCACUGUGCGACACACUGCCAACGAUGAGUGGCCCCGAUCUUGGGAAAUCACCAACUCCUGGAUCUACUUCUUUUCAUUUGCUUCUGUUGUCGGUGCUUGGGUUAUCUUUGUUGUAUUUUACUUUUACACAGAUAAUGGUGCUCCUUUCUCUGAAACCGUCAAGAAGUUUGAAUAG